AGACAAUAACAAAAAAUGGCAAGUAAAAGACUUGAGGAGUCCCUGGGGGCUGUUCAGAUGGGGUUAAUCAAAAUGCUCCAAGGAUUCCACAGCAAAGUUUUGCCACCCAUGAGUCCGAAAGUGGUUACAGAAGAAGAAGUGAACCGCAUGCUGACACCCUCGGAGUUCCUGAAGGAAAUGUCCCUCACUACAGAAGAGAAAUUGGCAAAUACACAUUGUAUGUGUCGGCCACGGGUCAUUGAACUCUUAGACAUGGGAGAAACAACACAUCAGAAGUUUUCAGGAAUUGACUUGGAUCAGGCAUUAUUCCAGCCCUUUCCAUCAGAAAUUAUAUUUCAGAACUAUGCUCCCUGCGAAGUCUAUGAAGUUCCAUUGGUUUUGAGGAACAACGACAAGAUUCCAAGGAUGGUUAAAAUUGUUGAGGAAAGUUCACCUUACUUUAAAGUUAUCAGCCCCAAAGAUAUUGGCCACAAAGUAGCUCCUGGAGUACCAUCCAUAUUUCGAAUCCUCUUCACUCCAGAGGAGAACAAGGAUUAUGCCCAUAUGUUGACUUGUAUAACUGAAAGAGAGAAGUUUAUUGUACCCAUCAAAGCUAGAGGUGCAAGAGCCAUCCUGGAUUUUCCUGAUGAUCUGAAUUUUUCCACUUGCCCUGUCAAAUACAGCACUCAGAAGAUUCUGCUGGUGCGAAACAUUGGCAACAAAGAUGCAGUGUUUCAUAUCAGAACGUGCAGGCCUUUCUCUGUGGAGCCAGUGGAUGGAACUCUUAAUGUGGGGGAGUCCAUGCAACUGGAAGUCAACUUUGAGCCACAGAAUGUGGGUAAUCACGACCAAAAACUUAUAAUCAAUUAUGACACAGGUGAAACUGUAUUUGUCUGUCUCUAUGGAGCUGCCAUAGACAUGAAUAUACGGCUGGACAAAAAUUCUUUGAUCUUGGAGAAAACCUAUAUAACUCUGGCCAGUCAGCGGACUAUCACAAUUCACAACAGCAGUAACAUCAUUGCCCAUUUCCAGUGGAAGAUAUUUGCUACCCAAGAAGAGGAGAAUGGGGAAAAGCAUAGGGUCUGUGAUGAUCUGAACAAAGAAGAAAAAUGUGAAACUGAUGCAUUUCUUGAAGAGUGCAUUAUUGAUCCUUCACUCCGAGAACGUCUUUCCAUUCUCUCUCGUACCUUUGAGAAUCAAAGGAGGCGGGUUCAGGGAGAUAGCAUGCUCUUCCUGAAUAACAUUUUCACAAUUGAGCCCCUGGAAGGUGAUGUCUGGCCAAACUCCUCAGCUGAAAUCACAGUAUAUUUUAACCCUCUGGAAGCCAAGCAGUACCAACAGACUGUAUACUGCGACAUUUCAGGCCGAGAAAUCCGCUUGCCUCUCCGAAUCAGAGGUGAAGGAAUAGGACCUAAGAUUCACUUCAACUUUGAAUUGCUUGACAUUGGGAAAGUCUUCAUUGGAUCUGUUCAUUGCUAUGAGGCAGUCAUGUCCAACAAAGGCAGCAUCGAUGCCCUCUUCCAUGUGGUCCCUACAACCUCAGCCUUGGGGUCUUGCUUUGUUUUCAGUCCCAAAGAGGGCAUCAUUGAGCCAAGUGGAGUCCAAGCUGUCCAGAUCUCCUUCAGUUCUACCAUCCUGGGGUACUUCGAAGAAGAGUUCCUGAUUGAUGUCAAUGGGACACCAGAGCCUGUGAAACUGACCAUUAAAGGCUGUGUCAUUGGGCCUACCUUCCAUUUUAAUGUCCCUGCUCUGCACUUUGGGGAUGUUUCCUAUGGGUUUCCUCAUACCCUGAUCUGUUCCCUGAAUAACACAUCUUUGAUUCCUAUGACCUAUACAUUGCGUAUCCCUGGAGAUGGCACUGGCCCAAAAAGUGUUCCAAGUUAUGGGCAGAUCUCAGACAACAGCAGACAGUCUUGGACCAGUGAAGAAACACCUGUAAUAAAACCAAAGGAAUUCACCAUCGCUCCCAGCCAUGGAACAAUUCGCUCCCAGGCAUUUGCUGCUAUCAGGGUGACCUUAUGCUCCAACACUGUGCAGAAAUAUGAGUUGGCAUUGGUGGUAGAUGUGGAGGGCGUUGGAGAAGAAGUGCUGGCGCUCCUCAUUACAGCCAGGUGUGUUGUACCUGCCCUCCAACUGGUUGAUACGGAGGUGAACUUUGGGCGCUGCUUCCUAAAGUACCCCUAUAAGAAGACAAUCCAGCUUGUCAAUAAUGACGACCUCCCAGGAUGUUACGCCGUCCUGCCUCAGGUUUAUGAGAACUCGCCUACUGUGCUGCUUUCCAGCUCUAGCCCCUGUGGGGUCAUCUGUCCCCAUAGCACUGUACAUAUACCACUGACUCUGGAGACUCAGGCUAUUGGAGAACACGGGUCCAAGGUUUAUAUCUCCAUUUUGGGGAGCCAGGACCCCCCUCUGGUUUGUCAGGUAAAGAGCAUUGGAGAAGGCCCAGUCAUCUACAUACAUCCUCAUCAAGUUGAUUUUGGCGAAAUCUAUGUCUUAAAGGACUCUACGAGGAUCCUCAGCCUAUCCAAUCAGUCCUUUAUUCCUGCAUACUUUCGGGCAUACAUGGCAAACAAAAAAUCCCUGUGGACAGUUGGACCCUAUGAAGGCAUGGUUCCCCCAGAAACCGAUAUUGCCCUGGAACUGACUGCCAACCUGAAUGAUAUAUUAACAUUCAAAGACACAGUUGUUGUGGAGGUUAAAAAUAGCAAUACCUAUCGGAUCCCUGUCCAGGCUUCAGGAAUUGGUUCUACCAUUGUUUCAGAUAAGCCUUUUGCUCCAGAACUCGAUUUGGGAGCACAUUUUAGCCUGGAUAUCUACUAUUACAACUUCAAGUUGACCAACAAAGGACGUCGAGUCCAACAGUUGUUCUGGAUGAAUGAUGAUUUCCACCCCCAGGAAAAGCAGAACAAAAAGGGACAAAUGACAAAAGGAAAGCCCAGGGGCUCCCAGGAGCCCAAAGAUCCAGAGACCCCUGUGUUUCAGCUGCAUCCCGUUAGGAUGGAGCUGUACCCAGGCCAGACAACAGAUGUGACACUAGAGGGCUAUUCUGCGACUCCCAGGAAAGUUAAAGAAAAGUUGGUGUGCCACGCCAUCGUUGGAGCCCAGAAGGGAAAGAGCUUGGUGAUGUCAGUGAAUAUCAUCUGUGAGUUUAUAGCACCUCUAAUCCAGCUCUCCAGCAAGCAGCUCUCAUACCGCCUGGAGAAGAAACCGAAUAUUGUCCUGGAGCCUAGUUAUCAGCCCGUGGUCAUAAAGAAUAUUUCCACCUUGCCUGUGAACAUAUUUCUCUCCACAGCUGGACCCUUCUGUAUAUGUGAGAAUGACAAAUCGCUGCUUCCCAUAAUUCCUAAGCCUAUUAAGUUGAAUAUCAAUGAAGAAAAAAGCCUACUGAUCAAAUUUGACCCUAACUUCAAACGUGAUUUAAACAACUGGGUGUCAGAAGAAAUUCUGUCAAUUAAGUACGCUGAACAUCCUCAGGUAGAUAGCCUGAAGCUGCGUGGAGAAGUGUGUUACCCCAACCUCAUCUUUGAAAUGACAGAGGUGAAUUUUGGCUGUAUCCUGAAUGACACAGAGAUGACUCACUCAAUUACAGUCUCCAACUACAGCCCUUUGGUUGUGAAGUUCCGAUGGUUCUUCCUGAUGGGUGACCAGGAGAAUCAGAUAAGGUUUGUGCCAUGGCAGAAGAAGCACUUCAGUAACCCCAUGUCCCACUUAGGGUCGGUCCCAGCAACAUCAGUAACCACUAGCUGGCCAGCAGUCGCAAUGGGAAACACCCCAGAUAUGGAUUUGAGUGAUUCUAUUAAGACUAUACUGAUAAAUGACGAUGCUAGACCUGAAGAAAAAGAGCUCAAGAAAACUAAAGCAACCACCUUGAUCUCAGAUAGAAUGAAAAAUGGUCCUACUGAUACAAAUAAAAACCAGAGCCAAGCAGAAUUUCGGGAACUCCUAUGGAACUUGGAACUAGAGGACAUGCUUUCCAUUGGGAUAGAAGAAGUGUUUGACAUUUUGCCCCUCUAUGGUAUCCUGUGGCCACACAGCAGCCAGAAGAUAUUUUUUACCUUCUAUGGACAUUGUGAUAUAGUUGCCCAGGCAAAAGUUAUGUGUGAAGUGGAAGGAGGACCCACCUAUGAAAUAACACUGAAGGGAGAGGCAUCCCUGGUCAGCUAUUCCUUUGACACCAAGGAUAUGAACUAUGGAUUACAGCUAUUUGACCAUACCACAGAGCGUCGAAUCACACUGAAAAACACUGGGAAAGUUGGCUUCGAGUACAAGGUUCUCAAUAACUACAAGUCCUCACCAGACAACCUCCUCCCUGGGGUGCCACUCAUUCUGCCUCUCAAGGGUUUUAUCAGUUCAAAUCAAGAGCAUGUGUUGAAAGUUUACUACUUACCUGGAAUACCUGAAGUCUUUCAAAGGAGCUUCCAGAUACAGAUCGCCCACCUGGACCCAGAAAAUAUCACACUGAGUGGAGAGGGCAUCUUUCCCCGAAUCUGCCUCGACCUCCCCAGGAACCUCCGAGGCAAUGAAAGGUAUGCGACCUACUUGGAUCAAGCAAAAAAAAAUAUAGAAAGAGAGUACAACAAAUAUGACAUUAUCGAUCACUUUGAUAUUAUUGAGGAAGUGCCUGAUGAUGAAUCUACUGAGUUAAGUGCUCAUCUCCAGAUGGAAGUAGAGCGACUGAUAGUCCAAGAGUUUGCCCUAGAUCGUCAAAAAACAAUUAAUUCUACAGAUGACACGUGCUUCAGCCAUAAAGGUCACCGCAGACUAGCCAGAAUUCACCUACCAGAGUAUAUCCUGGACUUUGGCCACAUUGUCCUUGGUGAUGUCCGAACCCACAUCAUCAAGAUCACCAACACCAGUCACUUUCCAGUGUCCUUCCAUGCAGAAAAGCAUGUCCUUCAUGAUACAGGCUUCAGUACUGAACUAGAUCGUGUAAAGAAUCUACCUUAUUGUGAAACAGAAACAUUUGAAAUGAGAUUCGACCCCCAAGGGGCCAAUCUUCCUGUGGGAAACAAAGAAAUUAUUCUCCCCAUUAAGGUGGUUGGAGGGCCAACAGUUUACAUCAUUCUCCGAGCCAAUGUGACCAUUCCAACUAUGUCAUUGUCUUGUGGAAAAGUGGAGUUUGCCACAAUUCAGUGUGGACAGUGCAUGGUAGAAACUAUUCAACUCUCCAAUCAUCUGCAAGUUCCUUGUGAAUGGUUUAUCCAGACCCAGAAGCCUGUUAAUAAGCUGGAGAAACACAUGCCAAAAUACUUAAGACGGAAACUGCGUGCCGAAUUAAAACCAAAGACACGGAUCUUUGAGAUCCAACCUACUUCUGGAAUCUUGGAUCCUGGUGAGAGGUCCAAUGUGCAGGUGAAAUUCAUGCCAAAAGAAGAGAAAUUCUACAGCCAAACUCUAGUUUUCCAGAUUGGCCAGAGUUCUCAAAGGCUUACUCUUCUUGCAAAUGGACAAGGUCUGGAACCACGCCUGGAAUUCUGUCCUUCAGUUCUAGAACUGGGGCCAUUGCUGCCUUUUGCAACCGGAGAGGAGGCAGACGUGAUUGUGAAGAAUCCCUGUAAUUUUCCAAUUGAGUUUUACUCCUUAGAAUUUGACCAACAAUAUAUCUUGGAAGAGAAGAUCUUGCGACAACUAAAGGGCUAUGAUUCCUACAAUACCCUACUGCUGCCUCCCCGCACCCCAGGGGAGAAGCUGCCCCCAGAAGUCUACGAGUACUUUAAGGAGGUGAAGAAGUCAAAAGAAGAGCAGAUGAAGGCGAAAUAUUUGGAGAAUCUGGCACAGGAAACUGAAGAGGAAGAUAUAACCAUAUCAGAUCAGGGAACCUCUGCUAGCACGAAGAGGACAUCGCUCAGCCGAGGGAUCUCUCUCACAUCCAACAUAGAAGAGCGGCACAAUCCCUUGGACCCCAGAAUCUACCCAGAUGAAGAUGAGGAUGAGGAAAGCCUGGAAAGAGUGUUGUUUCCAACUGACAAGAUUCAGAGCGUUGAGAGCCACUCCGUGGAAGAGGUAGGGGAGGUAGAAAACAACCCUGUGAACAAGGCAAUUGCUCGCCACCUGGGCAUUGAUAUUUCUGCAGAAGGUCGCAUGGCCAAGAGCCGGAAAGGCAUCGCCAUUAUCAUCCAUGGAACACCCAUGUCAGGAAAGACAGUCAAUGCUGUCAGCAUAGCCAAGUAUUACAGUGCAGCCUGCUUGAACAUUGACUCUGUUAUCCUGGAAGCUAUGUCAGAUAGCAACAGUGGCCCUGGCAUCCGUGCCCGUGAGCUCUGCAUCCGGGCUGCAAUAGAACAGUCCAUGAGAGAAGCAGAAGAGAUUGCCCAGGAAACUUCUCUGAACCAAAACAUUGUAGGACAAACACCACGACUGAGUAGUGAGAACUUGGGCAAACCUACCUCAGAUAUAACCUUGGCCACCCUGGACAUUAAACCUACUAAGACUGUGCGUGGGAGCCUCAUGCUCUCCAAAGGCAAACCGGACAGCCAUGGCUCUGGGUCACAGAAACAGCAUCACCAGCACCAAUCCGAAACAUCACAGGUACAGAUUUCCUCCAGCCCUCUCCUCUUGGGACCUACACAGCGCAGGCUCAGUGUCAGUGCCAGUAUUGGAGGGGAGACUGGUCUGAUGAGCUGCGUGCUCCCUGAUGAACUUUUCAUACAGAUCCUGUCAGAGCGAAUACAGCUGAGUGACUGCUAUCGAGGAGUGGUGUUUGAUAGCUUGGAUACACUGUUUGCUCGGAAUGCGCCUGCCACCCUUCUCUGCCUGCUAAAGGCCAUCGGCAGCCGGGAACAUAUAUAUUUUCUCAAUAUGGCCCAGGAUUACACAACCAUGAAGGCCCAGGAGAAGGCAAAAAAGGAACAAGAAGACCGCAAACGCAAGGAAGCUCUGGAGAGAGAGAAGUCACGUCUCCAAAACAUGGAUGAGGAAGAAUAUGAUGCCUUGACAGAGGAGGAGAAGCUAGCCUUUGACAGGGAGGUGCGGCAGGUUCUCCGAGAAAGGAAAAAGAGGGAACUUGAGAGGCUAGCCAGGGAGAUACAAGAAAAGAAGCUACAGCAGGAGCUGGAGCGACAAAAGGAAGAAGAUGAGCUGAGACGGAAGAACAAAAAGCCCAAGCAAGGCCUCAUGAAGGAGGAGCCUCCCAUGAAGAAACCACCACCACCACAAAACAAGCAGGGUCCAACAACCACCAAACUCGAUAUCAAGGUAGAGUCAGUAGAAAGGAAAGUUUCUGUGAGGGAACAAGCAGUUGCCGAGAAGGAAGAGCCCAGCAAGAAAAAGAAGCUCACAGGAGAUCUCAAUACACCAGGAUUUCCUUAUGUUCAGGAUCAAGAGGACAGCGAAGGGGACUUCCUAAAGGAAAGUGACAGGCAGUUGGCCCAGAAGUUUAAACUCUAUGAGUUGUGUUUAAAGGACAUCCAGACCAUCCUCACAUACUGGGACCGGAAGCAAGGAAUUCAGCUGCCUCCUGCAGGGAUGGAAGAAGUGUCCCAUGACGCUGAUGACCAGCGCCAGGCCCCCUCCAGUGGGCGUCGGGGCCGCAAGGACCGGGAGAGGGAACGCUUGGAGAAGGAGCGGGCUGAGAAGGAGCGCCUGGAAAGGGAAAAGGCCGAGAGGGAGCGCCUGGAGAAGCUUCGGGCCAUGGAAGACCGGAGUGAUGUGGAGGGAGAAAUGGAAGAGGACCAUGAGGGGAAGAAGGACCUUGGGGUGCCAUUCAUCAACAUCCAGACUCCGGACUUCGAUGGCUCCAGCUGGAAGCAGGCCCUGGAGAAUGGCCGCCUUCCCAAAGGAGACCAGAUCCUGGACAUCUUGGGCCUGGGGUCUUCUGGACCACCCACCCUACCUCCUGCCCUGUUCUCAAUCAUCUCUUACCCUGUGAAGCGGCCACCCUUGCCCCCCACAGAUGUUCUCAAACACUUUGUGUUCGUGCUCCCACUAUCUGAUGACUUCUCCCUGAUAGAGGAGAAAAAAGAGCUAGAAACAGAUAUAGAACCUGCAUCUAGCACAACCACAUCCAAGACCCAAGAAGAACAGACCGCUUCAGCUAAGGGAGGCAAAAUGAAGCUGAAAGAAAAAGUAGAACCAACCCGUGAGCUUUCAAAGGACAAACGUCGCAUGGUCUUCAAGAAAAUCAAUACUGGGGGAAGUACAGGGAGCGGGGCCCCACUGUCAGACAUGGACCAGAACAACUUAAGUGGCCAGCAUUCCCAAGAGAAGCUUACCAGACUGAAUCACUUCCGAUGGAUCGUGCCAGCCAAUGGAGAGGUGACAUUACGAGUACAUUUCUCUUCUUCAGACCUUGGAAACUUUGACCAAACAUUUAACUUUGAGAUCCUUGGAACUCGUCGCCAGUACCAGCUUUACUGCAGGGGUAUCUGCACUUACCCCUACAUUUGCCAAGACCCAAGAAUUGUGUUCCCUCAACGGAGGAAGUCCAUAAAGCCAAAUGAAUUCAUCUUUAAGACAUUUAUUACAAGCAUGGACAAGUUUUACUUUGGGCCACUGCUUUGUGGGAAAACAAGAGAUAAGUACAAGUCAUCCUUGUUCCCAGGCAACAUGGAGGCACUGACAAUCCUGAACAAUUCCCCAAUGGAGGUAGAAGUGUUUUUCUGUUUUCAGAAUGAUACCAAAGCAACUACCUACUUUCUGGAGCCCAUGAACAUGAUUCUGAAACCCAAUGAGAAGCAGCUGCUAAAUGUAUGGGCCUACCCUACUGCCGUUGGUAUCUUUGAAGACAACAUUGUCUGCUGCAUCAAGGAGAACCCAGAGCCAGCUAUCUUCAAAUUACAAUGCCAGGGGAUCCGCCCAGAACUAGAGCUGGAGCCCAAGCAAUUACAUUUUGACCGACUUUUGCUACACAGAAAAGAUUCCAAGGCAGUUCUUCUCCACAAUAUCACGCCCCUGCCUGUGGCCUGGCGGAUCACCAGCCUGGAACACUUGGGUGAUGACUUUACCACAUCCAUGAUGCAGGGAACUAUACCACCCAAGGAAGAAUUUACCCUACAAGUGCAUUUCCAGCCCUCCAAGCCCGUCAAUGUCAAGAAGGCUAUUCGGUUGGAGAUUUUGGAUGCAGAUAAUCUUGUUGGUGUUGUACAAAUUGAAAACAUCAUGAUCUUUGCAGAAUCAUAUGAUAUUGCUCUGGACAUCACCUUCCCCAAAGGAGCUGAAGGAGGCCUUGACUUCGGGACGCUGAGGGUCAUGGAGGACGCGAAACAGCCCCUUUCUCUGAAGAACCGUGGGAAAUAUGAGAUCAUGUUCAGCUUUUCGGUGGAGUCCUUAGGGAUAGUGCCAGGCAAUAUAAACUCUAUGAUCUCAAUUCAGCCCAGAAAGGGAUCAUUGACUCUCUCAGAAAAGGCCACAAAUGUUCAAGUGUAUUUUCGUGCAAGAAAGGAAGUGAAGAUCGAGCACCAGCCCAUCUUGCGUUGUCAGAUCAUUGAGCCCAGUCUUUCAGAUGGAGGUGAGAUCAUUGCCAGCAUCCCAAUUAAGUUUUCUGUGCACGCAGUGUACUCCAAAUUCAGCAUCAGCCCUUCCUCCAUCAUCAACUUUGGGGCGUUGAUCUGUGGCACUCGCAGGAGCAGCUCCUUCACCAUAGAAAACCUAGGCAUUACUGACUUCAAGUUUGCCCUCUACAGGCUGACAGGGGAAAGCACCAUGCAUCAAAAGAGAGGAACUGGCCACAUGAAACAUGGGAGAACGCGGGAAAGUGAGACCUUCUUCAAGCCCAGUGGUCCUAAAACAGCCAAGUUCUCGGAAGCAAUGCAGAAAGAUGUAAAUACCUCAAAUCAGUCGCGGUUCACGCAUGGCAUGUUCACUGUGUACCCUGGGUUUGGCACCGUCUCUUCUGGAGGACAACAGAUCAUUACUGUUGACUGUGUGGCUGACCCUGUGGGAAAAUGUGAGGAGUAUUUAGCCAUCGAUAUCUCUGACAGAGAACCUAAAGAAUAUCCUGCUGGUAUUCCUUACACUCUGCUUGCCGAAGCAUGCCUACCAGCCUUUGUGACCGACAACAAUGUCUUGAUCUUUGAGGAGCACCAAAUCUGUACCAGCUCCAAUCUGUACCACAUCCUGCAGACCAUACAGAGUGGGGGACUCUACGUGGAGGAUGAGAACAAGUUCAUCUUCUGUAAUGUCCUGGUGGGCCAUCAGGCCAAGGCUCGGAUCAAGAUCAGCAAUGUGGGCAAGAUUUCCUGUGAUGUCAACCUUGUAGUUAAGCCCAUCUCCAGUAAGGCUACUGCCCGCAUCACCGAAAUCUUUGAUGUGGAACCCAACAAGAUGUGUGUUGGCAGUCGCUCACAUGCCUUUGCAACAGUACUCUUCACCCCACAGGCCAUGCAGACCUACCAGUGUGUCUUUGAGGCCACACUGGAAGGCUUGCCCAGCAACCUGGCCAGGAGCCGAGGUCUUGUGUUUGAUAUUGUUGGUGAAGGGACUCUGCCUCGAGUGACUGUGGUCCGGCCAAUUCUCUAUAACCAAUUAGGAAACCCCUUGCUCCUCUUCAAGAGGCUUCGGCUUGGUCAAUCAGAGAAACUACCUCUCAUUCUCAAAAACAACGGUACCAUUGCUGCCCAGUUGCAUGUGGACCUUCGGGACCAACUGGGAGUCUUCUCCCUGAAAGGGAGGCCCACCACUUCCUAUAUCUACAUCACAGAAGAAAACAAACCCAGUGAGAAAGCAAAAAAAGCCCACACAGCAUCCUUGAUUGUUGCUCCUGGAGACACAGCUGAAUUUGAGGUCUUUUUUCACUCCCAGAAGAUUGGGAGGAUGACAGGUAUCAUCCAUUUGUCAGUGAUCAACAACCAGUAUGAGGAGACCAUUAUCCACCUAAUAGGUGAGAGCUAUGAAGAUGACAUCACCUUGGACAACAUCCAUGGGCUAAUGACUUCCACCAGCCAAGAGGCCUCAGAUGUGUCUGAGGUCCUAGAGAUCGCUGAGGAAAGUGCCAUGGAAGACUUGAUAGCAGCUGCUCUGAUAGACCACAUCCAGUUUGGGUAUUGCCAUAUUGGAACUGGAUAUAAUGUGAGCUUCACCAUCACUAAUCACAGCAAAGCAAAUGUGAUACGGUUUGAAUGGCCUGUUUUAGCUACACUGACUUUCUCACCACAGGUAGGCCACCUCCACGCUGGCUGUGCCAAAGAUGUAGUAGUGACCCUGAAGUCAGAUUUGCCCAUCAGCCUGAAGAAAAUGAGUGUCAAGUGCAAGCUCUCCAGGAUCAUGUUUCAGCAACCUGCAGAGCAGGUCUCCGACUGGGAUGACCGCAUGCGCACAGUCAAGUGGGUAGAUACAGUCAGAGCUGCACCUGGGACUCUGGCUAUAAAACGAAAGGUAAUUGAGACGGAUCCUGAGCCUGCCCACUCUGUACUAGAAGAAAACUACGGAGAACUUCGGAUUCAAGUCAGUGCCAUUGUGGAUUACGCCGCAUACCACUGCCAAACAAAUGACAUAUGCUUUAAGGAAACGCUGGUUUAUCAGACCCGAGUGUUUGAGCUGGAUCUGGUUAAUUUAGGACAAGUACAGUUAGAAUUCAACUGGGCCUCAGAAGACACCUCAAAGUCGGUCAGCUUUGCCAUGCCAGAAAACCAAGGUAAUACUCCAAAAGAUCAGCUUAGCCAAGGCACAGGCAGCACCCUGGACAGUGUGGACCACUGGAGUGAAAGUUCUCCUUCUCCUUUCUCUGUGGAGCCCUCCUCAGGCAGUGUGCCUGUGGGGAAGACUCAGAAGCUCAAAGUGAAAUUCUCCCCACUGGACAUUGGAGAAUUUGAGAGCAACCUUUUCUGCCAGAUUCCGAACCUGCCACCUGGACAGCAGGGUCCAACCAUAGUAGCAAAAGGGCGAAGUGCCUUACCCGUAUGCCAUUUUGACCUGAAAGACUCAGACUAUAUCACCGGGCAUCGGCGCAACCCAGAGCUCCGAGGGUCUGGUGUGGGGCCUCUGGAUCCAAGCACCAAGGUGAUUGAGUUCACCAGUGUGGGCAUAGGAGGAAAGAAUCUCCGGACCUUUACAAUCCUGAAUCCAACCAGUAGCACCUACUCCUUCUCCUGGGUCUCUGAAGAACCUGAAAGUUUCCAGAACAUUCCGGCCUUCACAUGCUUGACAGAAAAGGGCUUCAUCCACCCUGAAAAGAAAGCUGAGAUUGUGUUCCAGUUCACGCCUUCUCACCUGGACAUCACGGAAGCUCUGUGGACUUUCUUGAUUCCUGAACACAACAUCUCAGUACCCUUCCUGUUAGUGGGCAAAACUACUGAUCCUCUCAUCUCUCUGGACAAGUCACACCUCAACUUCAGUUCUCUCCUCAUUGGCAGAGAAGCCAGGGAGUCUGUGCAGAUGAUCAACAAGGAGGAGCAAGGGUUCAGCUUUGCCUUCCUCGACAACUCUCGGUAUUCUGAAGGGUUCAGCAACAGUCUGGUUGUAUGUCCCAUGGAAGGCUGGAUUGCACCACUGUCCAGGUUCCCAAUUGAUAUUUUCUUCACACCAACGCAAGAAGGAGAGGUGAACUUCAAUUUGAUCUGCAAUGUGAAAAAGAAAGCCCACCCUCUGACAUUAAAUGUCAAGGCUGAGGGCUAUACUAUGAAUGCAGAAGUCAGGUUCAAGGACAGGAAUGGCACCAUCACUAUCUUGACACCCAACCAGACCAAUAUCGCCAAUUUCUAUGAGGUGGAAUUAAAUGAGUGUAGCCAAUGUGAAUUCAGCCUUAUCAACACAGGAAAGUUCAGCUUUAGUUUCCAGGCAGAACUUUCUGGGCCUAAAAGCCUGUUACAGUACUUGGAAUUUUCACCCACUGAUGGUUCUGUGGACAUAGGGCAGAGUGAGCAUGCUGUACUAUGCUUCCAGCCAUUUCAGAAAUGUGUCUUGAAGGGCCUGGAACUCAAAAUUAAGAUCAACCAUGGCCCAACAUUCACAUGCAGCAUCAUAGGCUGUGCUGUGAGUCCAGCGGUCCAUUUCUCCUUUACCAGCUAUAACUUUGGAACAUGCUUUAUCUACCAAGCUGGGAUGCCCCCAUACAUACAGAUGCUGGUCAUCACCAACAAGGAAGAAACAGCCAUGAGCAUAGACUGUUUAUACACCAACACCAACUACCUGGAGGUAGACUUCCAUGUGGAUGUGAUAAAACCAGGAAUGACACUGGAGGUUCCAAUCAUCUUUUAUCCCAGAGAAAAUAUCAACUACCGAGAACUCAUCCCCUUUGAAAUCAAUGGACUUUCUCAACAAAUAGUUGAGAUCAAAGGGAAAGGUGCAGAAAUGAAAGUUUUGGUCAUAGAUCCAGCCAAUAAGAUUGUGAAGUUAGGAGCUGUCCUGCCAGGACAAGUUGUAAAGAAAACUAUUACCAUCAUGAACAACAGCCUGGCCCAAAUCACAUUUAACCAAUCAGCCCUGUUCUCUACUCCAGAACUUCAGGAACCCAAGGUCAUCAACUUGGUGCCUUUCCAAAACAUCACCUUGAAGCCCAAAGAAAUCUGCAAAGUGGAAAUCACCUUUUCCCCCAAGAAGCGUGUGCCUCCCUUCUCUGAGGAGGUAUUUGUGGAAUUCUUGGGGAUUCUGUACCCCCUCUUCCUUCUCACCGGCUGCUGCCAGGCUUUGGAGAUCUCCCUGGACCAGGAACAUCUUCCCUUUGGACCAGUCGUGUACCAGACACAAGCUACACGCCGCAUCCUUAUGUUUAAUACUGGUGACGUGGGCGCAAGGUUUAAAUGGGAUAUCAGAAAAUGUAAGCCUCAUUUCUCCAUCAAGCCAGAUGAAGGUUACAUCACUGCAGGCAUGGAGGUUUCUUUCGAAGUGACCUACCAUCCCACUGAGAUGGGAAAGGAGAGUCUCUGUAAAAACCUGCUCUGCUUCAUCCAGGGAGGCAGUCCUCUGUACCUCACCCUAUCUGGGGUCUGUGUAGGACCACCUGCAAUAAAAGAGGUGGUGAAUUUCACCUGCCAAGUCCGCUCCAAACACACACAGACCAUCAUGUUGUCAAACCGCACCAACCAGACCUGGAAUCUGCACCCCAUCUUUGAAGGCGAGCAUUGGGAAGGGCCUGAGUUUGUCACCCUGGAGGCCCAUCAGCAAAACAAGCCCUAUGAGAUCACAUAUAGACCCCGCACCAUGAACGUGGAGAACCGCAAGCACCAGGGCACCCUCUUCUUCCCCCUCCCAGAUGGGACGGGCUGGCUGUAUGCUUUGCAUGGAACUGCUGAACUCCCCAAAGCUGUAGCCACCAUCUCCCGAGAAGUGCCGUGUAAGACACCCUACACAGAGCUUCUGCCGAUCACGAACUGGCUGAACAAGACCCAGAGAUUCCGGGUCGUUGUGGAAAUGGUGAAACCAGAGAAGCCCGACCUAAGCAUUACCAUGAAGGGCCUGGAUUACAUUGAUGUGCUGUCUGGCUCCAAGAAAGACUACAAACUGAACUUCUUUUCCCACAAGGAAGGGCUGUACACUGCAAAGGUGAUCUUCCGGAAUGAGACAACCAAUGAGUUCUUGUUCUACGUGGUGAGUUUUAGAGUCAUCCCUUCAGGCACCAUCAAAACCAUUGAGAUGGCCAGCCCCAUCCGCCAGAGCACAUCAGCCUCCAUUAAGAUGGAGAACCCCUUGCCCUACUCAGUGACCUUCUCCACGGACUGCAGGGUGCCUGACAUCAGCCUGCCCUCCCAGUUUGUCGUCCCUGCCAACUCUGAGGGAGUAUUCUCAUUUGAAUUCCAACCUCUGAAAGCUGGAGAAACCUAUGGAAAACUUACUUUGCACAACAGUGAUUUGGGUUCUUAUCAGUAUGAGCUUGUUAUGAAGGCUUUGCCAGCAGUUCCUGAGAAGCCUGUCCACUUCCAGACUGUUCUUGGAAGCAGCCAAAGUGUUUUUGCCAAGUUCACCAAUUAUACACGGCAGAAGACAGAGUACUACUGCAGGACAGACAGUCCAGACUUCCACACGGAAAGAGUCAUUAGUGCAGCCCCAGGAUCCCAGGGCGGCACUGAAGUCAGCGUGGAAGUCUUCUUUGAACCCAGCCACCUGGGUGAGACCAAGGGCUUCCUGAUCCUGUCGUCACUUAUAGGUGGCGAGUAUACCAUCCCCCUCUUUGGAGUAGCUCUGCCUCCCAAGCCUCAGGGCCCCUAUGUGAUCCGUGCUGGGUACAACAUAGUGAUCCCCUUCAAGAACGUCUUCCUGCAUACAGCGAAUUUCUCCUUCAUUGUGGAGAAUCCAGCCUUUGCCAUCCGUGCUUCAGACUCUGUGCGGCCCAAGAAGAUCAACAACAUCACAGUCUACUUUGAGGGAAACACUUCAGGCAGCAAAACCCCUAUCACCACCAAACUGAUUGUGAUGUGUUCUCAGGGGGAAAGCGGUGAUAGUGGAAUUAAAUGGGUUUAUUACCUGAAGGGGAUCACCCCUUAGAUG